ACAUGAAAACAAAAGCUGACUGAUUUUUUUUUCAUAAAAUAAAUGACUUAACAAUGCACAGAAGAUCUAAGAAUCUAAAUGCUUCCCUGGAAGUCAAAGAAAAUGAGAGUAGAUGCACUGAAGAGAAAAAAGAGGCCUUUUUCCCUGACCUCUCAAGAAACCAGAAGAUUUGCAAAGCAACUAAAGACAAAAAGGCAUCCAAGAAGGAGAAUUUAAGUGAUGGGAACCUGGUGCAUUUGCAGAGCACCUGGAAGCACAGCAAAGAGAAGGAAUUGUACCCCAGCAAGGAGGAUGUUGUGAGCUCUCAGGUUACUGAGUGCUUUUUUGGUGCCCUAAAAGGGGAUGGGGCUGCUGAACCUGCAUUGCCUUUGAACAGUCAGGAAAAUUGCUCCAGAAGUAAACCUGUUUCUUUGAGUGAAUGCUACUUGACACCUCAGAGGGACAAAGCAGAAGAAAAAUCUGGUUGUGCAGCAUCGGAGAAACAGAGGAAAAAACCUGUUGAUUUUGCAACUGUAACAAUUGCUGAGUUUGGGAUUACUCCAGAAAGUUUUACUAACAGACCUAUAGGGAAGUCUCCAACUUCAUUAAAAUACAGACGAAGAUCAUCAAUUGGGGUCCAGGGCUCACCAGAACACAGCACCCUCAUUCAGUACCUUGCCCAGCAGAGAAGCAACAGACAAAAAGAAGCUUUUACAUGGCAGCUUAGUCCUUUUAGACAUGAAACUCUCAGGUCAUUAAAGGACAAGAUAGAUGCCUUUCAGACAUCUUUUGCAUCAGUAGAAGAAGGGGAAGAGACUGACUUUGGCUUCUCUGGCCUCCCACAAGUGGAUGAUUCUUCCCAGGAAGCAGCCUCUUAUUUCAGUUCUGACAUCACAGAAGGUGUUAGAAGUAAUGCUAUAUCAGAUCUAAGCAGAGACAAAGUUAAUUUGGUGGAAGAGCAGAGCCUGGAAAUGCCUGCUGGAAGCACAGCAUCUGUCACAGCACCCAUCACACCCCCACGAAGAGGAAAUAAUUCCUUAAAUAAAUGUACACCCAAUGGCUCCCAUCUGCGACCUGUAUUAAAGAAAACUCCAAGGAAGCAACCAAUGGAUAGCAAGGAGGAAUGCUCAAGUGGUGCAGUGGGCAGAGGAGGAGGGGAAUCUCCUGCUGUCUCCAGCUGUGCAGAGACCUCUGAAGCACUGCAUACAGAGAAUACUGAAAGACACAGCUCUGAAAUGCCAAAGAAGAAGAGAGUGACUUUUGGGGAAGUUCUGAGCCCAGAAAUAUUUGAUGAAAAUUUGCCUGCAAACACUCCCCUGUGCAGAGGAGCAGCACCACUCCCAGGGUCACACAGCAGCAGCACUUCUGCAAGGUCCAUUCUCACUGAAGAACCAUUAUCCCAGCCAAACUUUGACUGCAAUGAUGAAUGUGUUGAGCCUCUUCAAGAGUUGAUGGAGGGUCCUGUUGCUGCAGAAGCCACCUCACCAGCUGAAAAUGCAGAAGCAGCAGAAACUGACAAAUCUGAUGUGAUUAAAACUCGUUCUUCUACUAAAAGAAAGCAGGACAGCACUGGAGCAGAGGGGGCUGCUCCUGAUUUUCCCAUCUCAAAAGCCACAAAUACAAGGAAUGCUGAAGAUACUAAGAAUCAAAAAAAGGGCAACUCUCAAAGACAAAAGAACACAGCCACAUCUGCUGGCAAAAAAACAAAGAAAACUAAAAAUACAAACUAUGGGAAGAGAAGGAAGAAAAAAGUAAAAAAAUCUUUAUAUGGGGAAAGAGAGAUGGCUUCUAAGAAACCUCUCCUCAGCCCUAUCCCUGAAAUUCCAGAGGUUUUCUCUUCUGCUUCAUCUCCAAAUUCACCUGAAGCAAAUGUAUUUUUUUCAGGUAAUACCAAAUCUGGGAAUGCUGACAGGGAUGUUCUGCAGAAGGCAGUGACUGAAAGGAGAGGACAAACCAGCUUUGCAGUUCCUAUGGAUUCAACCUCUGAGGACCUGAACACUGGAGAAGCCAACAGCUCCGGUGAUGGAGCAGUCCAGGUGUCUGGGGAUCUGCAGACUGUUUCUGACAUGGAUCAUAAGUUUUCAAACAUUGUGCCAGGUUUUUUACAACAAGAGACUGCAAAUGUAAAAGAAGCAGAAGAAAGUGGUUCCUUAACAGAAAAUGAGAAAUUCCAAGCAAAUCUCCUAUUGGAGCAGCUACCUGGGCUUGAAUUUCUGGACCAAGACAUUAAUGUACAUGAGGGUGCCCAAAUAACUCAGCCCCCACAAGAAGAUUCUCUAAAAGUUGGUUCAGCAAGAAGAAGAAGAAGAAGAAGAAGAAGUAGCUCCACCUAUUUUGCUCCUGUUGAAAAGUUUGAGAUAGCUGGAAAUAAUUCUCCAGUUCCUUCUUUUAAUAUAGAAGAAAUCUUAUCCAGUUCCCAGCUCAGAAAUGACUCCUUAGAGUCUUUUAGAAGACAGAGUGGUAACAGUGGUGCAAAAAGAGUGAGGCGUAGCAUGAGAUUCCAUAAAGAAGGAGCAGCUGAAGGACUUGCAUGGAUUCAAGUACCAGAUGAGAUGCAGAAGGACCCUCCCCUCCCAGCUUCUGCUAGGAAAACCCGGAGGACAAUAAGCACAUCCAUCCUGUCAGGAGCUGAGAACAUUCACCCCAGAGAACAAAACCUUGCCCAGUGUUCAGCACCAGGGAAGAAGAACAAAGACUCUGCUCCUCUCACUGAUGGGCCUUGCAGAAGAUGGAGGAGGAGGAGCAUCUGUGUAUCCACACCUCAAGAAACAGGAGCUUGGUCACAGAAAAGGAGCUUAACAAAUUCUGUCUGUAGGAAGAGCAGAGGUAACCAAAAACACUAUGAAGAAGUAGAAAUACCUCUUGAAAAUAGCUCUUAACAUUUAGCAAGGUUUUAUCUGUGAUUUCCUAAGGUCAGUAUUAGAUUGUUACUUUCUCAAGUGUGGUUUCCUUCCC